CGCUCGGGUCGCGUCCGCCGGUCGCAGGGAGACUGGAGCCCGGGAGCCGCGCCGCCCGCCGCCAUGCGGUUCCGCUUCGGAGUGGUGGUGCCGCCCGCGGUGGCCGGGGCCGGGCCGGAGCUGCUGGUCGUGGGGUCUCGGCCUGAGCUGGGGCACUGGGAGCCGCGCGGGGCGGUGCGCCUGAGGCCGGCGGGCACGGCGGCAGGCGCGGGGUCGCUGGCGCUGCAGGAGCCGGGCCUGUGGCUCGGGGAGGUGGAGCUGGCGGCCGAGGAGGCGGCGCAGGACGGGGCGGAGCCGGGCCGCGUGGACACGUUCUGGUACAAGUUCCUAAAGCGCGAGCCGGGAGGAGAGCUCUACUGGGAAGGCAAUGGGCCUCACCAUGACCGUUGCUGUAUUUAUAAUGAAAACAACUUGGUGGAUGGUGUUUAUUGUCUCCCAGUAGGACACUGGAUCGAGGCCACUGGGCACACCAACGAGAUGAAGCACACAACAGACUUCUAUUUUAAUAUUGCAGGCCACCAAGCCAUGCAUUAUUCAAGAAUUCUACCAAAUAUCUGGCUGGGUAGUUGCCCUCGCCAAGUGGAACAUGUAACCAUCAAACUGAAGCAUGAACUGGGGAUUACGGCUGUAAUGAAUUUCCAGACGGAAUGGGAUAUUGUACAGAAUUCCUCAGGCUGUAACCGCUACCCAGAACCCAUGACUCCUGACACUAUGAUUAAGCUGUAUAAGGAAGAAGGCUUGGCCUAUAUCUGGAUGCCGACACCGGAUAUGAGCACUGAAGGCCGCGUCCAGAUGCUGCCACAGGCGGUGUGUCUCCUCCACGCGCUGCUCGAGAACGGACACACCGUGUACGUGCACUGCAACGCCGGGGUGGGCCGCUCCACCGCCGCCAUCUGCGGCUGGCUCCAGUACGUGCUGGGCUGGAAUCGCAGGAAGGUGCAGUACUUCCUCGUGGCCAAAAGGCCGGCUGUGUACAUUGAUGAAGACGCCUUGGCCCGGGCAGAGGAAGACUUUUAUCAGAAAUUUGGGAAGGUUCGGUCUUCCAUAUGCAGUGUAUAGGUGAUGGAUCUGCGUCAACUACCUUCUGGUUCCCUUAUGAAGCCUGGAGUGAUGCUUGUAAAUGACCUAGAAACCAAGAGUCUUCCUCAACUGGAAAGGCGGGUCUUGGCUUCUCCGCUGACCUGCCUUCUUUAGUCUGGCACUGACUUCUGGUUACGCUUUGGUUGAGCUGUAUCUUCUUUGGAAUAUUUUACAAAGGAAGCUGUAACUGGCACGCAAGAAAAGUCCACAAGCAGCUGGACUGUGCAGUGUGGUUCUGGCAUCAGACAGAAAGUGAAUGGGUGCAGUUCUGUGCCUGCAGGCGGCUCGGCCCCUGCAGCAUGGUGGCUGCUUUGCAGUACUGUGAAUGCACGACUGCCCUUGCUUGUUGCGUUGUGACUUGGCUUGAGGAAGAAAAGGUUGGGAGUUAUGUAGAUGGCAUCACUGUGUGUGUCCAUGCACACACACACACACACACACACACACACGUACAUACAUGCACAGCUUUUCUGCUGAACUGAGAUGGAAUUAUAA